CCUCCUUCGCCACUCUCACAAAACUAACUAAACCCUCACUCCCAAUUUUCAUUCAUCACCAAAACUCACAAACAAAAUAAAAACAAUUUUUUUCUUCAACUGAAAUAAAACAAAGAAGAAAAAAAUCCGAACAACAAUGGCUCCGAACUUGGAAUGUCGCAUGUACGAGGCAAGGUACCCAGAGGUAGACAUGGCAGUAAUGAUACAAGUGAAGAACAUCGCCGACAUGGGUGCUUACGUGUCACUUCUCGAAUACAAUAACAUCGAGGGUAUGAUUUUGUUCUCCGAGCUUUCUCGCCGUCGGAUUCGUAGUGUUAGCAGUCUCAUCAAAGUAGGUCGAAUUGAACCGGUGAUGGUUCUUCGUGUUGACAAAGAAAAGGGUUACAUCGAUCUCAGUAAACGUAGGGUUUCUGAAGAAGAUAUUCAAGCAUGUGAAGAAAGGUAUAAUAAGAGUAAACUUGUUCACUCUAUUAUGCGCCACGUUGCUGAAACCUUGAACAUCGAUUUAGAGGAGCUUUAUGUUCACAUUGGAUGGCCUUUGUAUCGUAAAUAUGGUCAUGCUUUUGAGGCGUUCAAAAUUAUUGUGACCGAUCCUGAUACGGUUUUGAGCACUCUGAUGCGUGAAAUUAAGGAAGUUGGGCCUGAUGGGCAAGAGGUGACUAAGGUGGUACCUGCUGUGUCUGAAGAAGUUAAGGAUUCUCUAGUGAAGAACAUUAGGAGACGAAUGACCCCUCAGCCGUUGAAAAUCAGGGCGGAUAUUGAAAUGAAAUGCUUUCAAUUUGAUGGAGUUAUCCACAUUAAGGAGGCAAUGCGGAAGGCUGAAGCUGCUGGAAAUGACGACUGCCCCGUGAAAAUUAAACUUGUUGCUCCCCCACUAUAUGUGCUUACUACUCAGACCCUUGAUAAGGAGCAAGGAAUAUUGGUUCUCAACAAUGCUAUUGCUUGUUGCACUGAAUCAAUAGAAAAACACAAGGGUAAACUUCUGGUGAAGGAGGCAGCCAGAGCGGUGAGUGAACGUGAUGAUAAACUGCUUGCUGAGCAUAUGGCUAAGCUACGCCAAGACAAUGAAGAGGUCAGUGGUGAUGAAGACAGUGAAGAGGAAGAAGAUACUGGAAUGGGCGAGAUUGAUGUGGAGAACAAUGGUACUGGGAUAACUGAGUGAUAAAAAUCUCAUUGUCAUAGAUAUAGCGCGGCUUUACUAAUUUUGUUAAAUUUGAUUCUUUUUGAGCUCUUUAAUUUAUGUUGUGUAUUAUACAAGCUCGGAAUUUCUUGAAGAGGGCGUUCAAUCGAAACGUAGGAAGUUAUGUGGUUUCUUAAGAAACGCCACCAUAAGUUGAAUACAGUGCACUCAAAUAACAUUUGCAAUUUUUAUGAUUUUAACUUUCCAUAGAUAAAUUGUUUACUUUUCAUAUUUA